UGUUUACGUUUUUUUUUAAAGUAGAAAAAACCUUUUUUAAUUAAAUUACUGAACAUUUUGAAUCAAAUUUGUAUUAAAUCCCUCUUUUCCUGAAAUGGAAGUUCUAGAUAAGCAACUUAACGACAAUAACCCAGUGUUAGUUUCCCAAGUAUUUUCCCGGCUGGUUGAAAAUACCCUUAAAACCAAAACAGAUGGAAAACAAGAAUAUAAUUAUUUAAAACAGAAAUGUUUAAAUGGAAGUAAUUUAAUAAGUACUACUGCUAGAUUGGCUAUCAUAAAAUUAGUGGCAAAUAAAGUGUUUAAUAUAGAUCAGGUCCUGGCAGACCUUGUUACUAGCAUAUCUACUGCACGCAAUACAGCGUCCUUAACAAAAAUUAUAAUGAAUCUUUUACAUGUACAAUUCAAAGUCCAUGCUGCAAUCACAAAAUUUGAAGUGGCACAACAUCCCAUAAUUAAAGCUUUGCAAGCAGAUUCACACACAGACCUACAGGUAUGCAUUUAUAAUGAAAUCGUACAAAGUGUUCUUGAAGACAACAGGCUUAAUAUUUUGUAUGAACCUUUAUAUAUGUAUUGCAUAUGCAGCCCUGCUGUUAAAACUGAGUUAAGCUUACUUAAACAGAAAUUGUGGAGCUUUCUAGUUCAAAAUGAUCUGGAUAACAAAAGUGAUGUUGUUUUUAAACUAUGCAGCUUUAUUCAGGUACAAAGAAGACAUUCCAAGCUCACAGGUUUUUUGCUUACCGAAUUUCUUCAAUCACACAGGAAUAAUUUAGACUAUAAACAUUUAGAAUAUAUGAUAUUACUGCAAAUUUUAGUAAUACAUAACAUGAUAUUAAAUAACCAGGAUUGCAGGAUUCUUAUAAAAACAGUGCUAACACUAUUGCCAAAUGUCUCAUUUUGCCAUCAUAACUUAUGCCUGCUACUGUUGUCAAAAUCUGUUUUAGUGUGUUCUCCUUUAUAUUUAGAGGAACUUUUUAAUCUUUGCUAUUACUUUGCUCAACAAAAUGUAUGUGCCUCUUACAGCUAUUUCACAUUAAAAUCAACAAUACUUAACUGGCUAGCAGGUCCUUGCAUGUUAACUCAAGAAGCACUUAAAAUAGCAAGAGAAAUACUAAAACUUGAGCCACAUGUAUGUAGAAAAAGGCCUGAAAUAUUUGCCUCAAGACUUAACAUUAACAAAUUUAAUUAUUUAGCGUUUUGCAAUCCAGAGAUAUUUUUGUGCUUGCAGUUGGGCAUUAAAAUGGAAUGCACAAAAGAUAUUUCUAAGUUUAUUUUUAUCCUCAGCAAAGCACCGCUGCAUUUCUUAAAAAAUUGCUUUCAACUUCUCUGUGGGUUGUUGUUAAAUCCAAACUUGGAUAUCGAGGGUAAAUUGGAAAUUUUAGCAAUGGUAGUAAAGUGCUCCACUCAUUAUUUGGAGCUGUUACCAGUGGCUUUGACAACUGUUUUGUAUUUGCUCUCAAAUAGUCAAGAUAACAGGCUACAUUUUCAAUUAUUGAAAGUUUUACCCCAAAUGGCCAGAGUCAAGGAAAACGUACCAAAGGUUUUAGCCACAAUCAAGGCCAUUGCAACUCAGUCACCGGUAUUAGCAAAUGUGGCCUUGAAACUCAUGUAUGAUACAUGGGAAAUUGAAAAUAAAUGCUACUCGUCUUUGGAAAUGCUUGCAGUCCAAAAUGUUACUUUGGAUAAGCAUGAUUUGCUUGAAAGAAAUGUUGUUAAAUCCUAUGUCUUUAUGAAAUUGUGUGAAAAACGACCGGAACUAUACGGAAAAGAUCUGGUAGCGCAUCUCUCAAAAAUCCUUAACGAAUGUACCGAUCCUAAUGGAGCAGUACCCACUUCCAUAGCCCUCGAUGGCAUCAGAAACCUAUGUAAAGCCGAGACUAUUGAUAUGAUUACUACAUGGGCCACACUUGCUCCGAAAUUUAAAAACGACAUAAGACCUCCUGUUAUUAAAAGUUUGUGUGGACUAGUCAGUGAAAUUCCUAAUCUACAUUACACCCAAUCAUAUGAUGAAUUAAACGACGAUGUAAUAAAAACUUUAUGGAACUAUGUCGUGGAAAGUCAUACUGAAAUUAUAGUAGAGUCGGCAUUGGAUGCCCUCUCAAAGUUUGACUUUGGUCUCAUUUGCCUACAUAUUCCCGAGAUUUAUUUGGAAGAAGGUAGUGGUAAACUUAGUGCUGUGGGUGAUCAAAGAGUUGUACAAGGUAAAGUUUGGCUCAAAUUCCUAUGCACACACAAGUACAAGGGAGCGGCUAGAAGUUUUCUGAUAAACCUAGUUACAACAGAAAUCAAUAAUUACCUUAAAUACGUUUACCAGUUAAAAUCCCAAAGAGAACCUGAAAACUACGGAAGUCUGCCUUCUCAUAGUGUUGUAAGGGCUUUAGGUGAACAUGUAAAACAUAACGUUAUCAAGGUUUUAUCUGAAGGCAAAAAUUCUAGCAUGAGAGAACUUUACCUGGACUGUCUGAAAAUAUUAAGUUUAAAAUAUUCAAAACCACUUCCACCACUAGAUUGGUGUUUUCUGCAAGAAAUUAUACACGUUGAAGAAUUCGAGCCGUUUUGUCUGGACAUGGCGUCGCAUCAAGCAAUUUUAUCAGGUUCAGCCAGAAGACUUAUAGAAAAUUAUAUUGUUGCUGUAACCGCUAACCCUAAGACCGAAAACGCCCUUCACGUGUACAGAAACUUAAAAUGUUUGGCCAAUAGCAUCCAGCCUGUUACGCUAAAACCGUUUUUGCAAUCGACAUUGGAUUUUUGCCUAAAGAACUUCGAGAAAGAACGUGAUGGUUUUGAAAAAUGUUUACAUUUCUUAAAAGAUGUUUUAACUGGGAUUGAGAUACAAGAUGUUAAUAAAAAUAUUAUUGAAGAAGUUGUAACAGAGAUUCUGUUUGUUGUCAGUAUGGAUUCUGAGGCAUUUCCAUUACUCCUUCACUGCAUCCCCUUAUCACCCAAAGGCCUAAAAACGAUAUGCAAGUUUAACGAACAAUUUAAUGAAGCAGAGUUCAUUAAAGUUACUAAAAUAAUAUCUCAUGUUUCAAGGUAUUCAACUUUGGAAUACCCAUUAGUGUGGUUAAAUGAUAUAAUUUCAUGUGCUUGCAAGAAUAACAUACAAAUCUCUUUAUAUUUUGAUGAUUUCACUUCUCCAUUAAUCGAACAUUCCGCUCACGACAAAUCGCCCUUGUGGCUUACCGACCUGUUCGGUGAAAUUCAGGCGAAAGUAGCUGAUAGAUGUGACUUAUUUGAGAUUAAAUAUUACUGUGAUAUUCUGGCGAUAGCCGUAGUAUACUUUUCAGGACUUUACGUUACUUUACCCAAAUAUGGAAUCGACGAAAUUAAAUAUUUCUUGCCGGCUGCACUUUGUUUCUUGUUAGAUGAACCUAUGUGGAGUCUUGGCACUGGACAGAUCCUAGAAUGGCUGCACCAUAUGAAUUGCUCAGAAAGUGUACCAGAGAACUAUAAGCGUAUUUUUGGUUGGGCCUUAUGUGCUUUGAGACACCAAGAAGAUUUUUCAAAAAGUUCCGCAUGGUUGAAAUAUUUUGAUUGUGAAGUACACACGUCUAAUAUAGAUUCUUGAAAUCUG